AUGAUCAACCACCAACUGAAAACCUGGGUCAACUUUAGCACGCCAGAAGCUCGAAGCAUCGUACGCAAAAUACUUGCCUCAGCUCCUCAUCGUGAACUUGGGCUCAAGAUGCACGAGAUUUACGAAAGAGUACACGAGGAGUUCCCAGAUGUAACUACAGACAUACCAGCAGGGAAGCCGAUCCCUACCGGCCUUCGCAACCAUGGAGGCAGGUCUAAACCCGCUAAAGCUGUGCCUCUCCCUCCUAAAAUAGAUCACGCAAUUCGUUCAGUAAAAUACCUGAAGAAGACAGUCCUCGAAGAAAUGGCGAUGGCCCAGGAAAUCGAGAAGGUGCACAUAAAACGAGGAAAACUUCAUGAAGACGGCACUCGCGAUAUGUCUAUCGUGUCUAAGGCAUAUGGCAAGACAGAAAUUACGAGCGACUUAAAUAUGCCUAUGUCCAAUAUCUGGCACUGGAGGUUGACACCGGACUACAAGACCAAGAUAAAUAACUACCCUGAACCUCCGAUAGAAAAAAUCCUCUGGAAACCGGGAGAGAAAGAAGCUAGAAGGAGGGCUCGCGGGACCGUAGGUUCUGUGGUUUUACAACAGACCAAGAAAUAUGAAAAGCCAAUAGAGGAGACUGGAAAGCUGGACGUGCCGGAGAGGAUCAAAGCUGACAACGAUGUAGCGAAAAGGGUUAAGGCUCCUGACUUUCCUGCAUUCGGCCUCUAG